GCUCCAAUUGUCGCACUCGAUGAAGGCGAAGUCCUAUUCCCCGCCGACAUUGGCAAGCAGUUACUCAACACGAUUCCUAAAGUCAACUUCACCAAAGUAAAGGGAGAACCACACUCGCUGACACUCAACAACUUGAACGAACUCAACAAGCUUGGAAAUACUUCAGUCUUUCUCACCGCCAAAGACGAUAUUACAGAUAUCGCACGGGAGCCGUCUUGGGUACACGGAGUCAAACCGAAUAGUCGAGGCGAAACAGUAGGCGCUGUCUCUUGUGCCAUCGUUCUUCGCACGCAUCCAGACAACUCCUCAAUAGUGGAUGCUUUUUACUUCUACUUUUAUGCUUUUAACAAUGGUGGGCACGCUGCCGGAAUUCCUGAAGACUUCCACGUUGGUGACUGGGAGCAUUCCAUGGUCACAUUCCAUAAUGGUAUCCCGACUGAGAUAUUCUUGUCCCAGCAUAGCGACAGCGGUGAGGCUUUCUCAUAUGGAGCGCUGCAGAAGAUUGGGAAGAGAGCGCUCAUAUUUGCGGCGUUCGGCGGCCACGCGAACUAUGCUACAAAGGGAUCUCAUAAUAUCCCUGUCCUCGAGCAUUUAAACCUAUCCGCAAUUCUAGAGGCCGUGAUUCCAGCCAACUUCUUACAGGACAAAACUUCUAUGGGUACAUUAUGGGACCCAGUUGCUAAUGCCUUCGCCUACAACUACACCUUUGACUUCAAUCCCCACCGUUCUGCGGAAGAAAACAACAAGUUCACUCCGCUGGCAACGAAGAGCCAACCGAACCCCCCGACCAGCUGGCUGACUUACUUUGGGCAGUGGGGAGACGAGCAAUAUCCGUUAACAGACGUUCGACAAUUUGCCAUUCUCAAUAUUCCUGCAUUGGCGUACAUCAUGAGUGGGCCAAAUGGACCUGUUUUCAAACAUAUUGUGAGAUCAACAGUAUAUCCACCAGCUAUGGUCAAUUGCACCAUCAAAACUUCAUUGAAAGAAGCCAAUUAG